AUGCACUUAUUUGCCACAAUGAAUUCAUUAAACAAAUCUCUUAUAAACAUGAAUAGCAUGUAAAACAGUUUGUGCCCUUUCCUCCGUGUUGUCCUUGCGUAUAGUCUCCACCAGGGUUUGCUGUGUUCCAAUCGCUUUGAAAGAAGUACGAAUAUACAGUUUCCUCUCUGACACAGAGGGGAAAAAAUGGUUGGCUCAAGUCACUAGAAGCAGCCUGCUCUAGGCCAUUUGUGCCCUGAGGUUCAGUUUAGCUCCCACUACUUUAUGGAGCUACAAAAUAAAAUGGAGAAACUUCUCCAUGAGACCCCCUCAGCUUGCAGUCCUCCACUCAGGAAACCAGUAGAGAGCAACUUUGAAACAGUGAAGUGGGUCAGUGGUGGCUGCUUUGGGUCUGUAAACCUUGUGCAUCACAAGCUAAGCAGUCAAGCUUUUGCCAUGAGAGUCAUAAAAUGGCAGAACUUGACAAAUAAGAUUCAGAACCAGCAGGUGUUGGUGGAGCGAGAUGUCCUCGCCUUCGCUGAGAGCCCCUACAUCGUCUCAAUGUUUUGCUCUUUUAAGACACAGAUGGACCUCCGCAUUAUCAUAGAGUACAUAGCAGGUGGAUGUAUGUAUGAGGAUGUAUGUCACAGAGACCACCAUGGCUUUGGAGUAUAUCCACAGCUAUGGCAUCCUCCACAGGGACCUCAAACCCAGCAAAUGAGUCAUCAAUCUGUCCCAUCACAACAUUACAACAUCUAAUUGGCUGUUUCCUAAGCCAAGUCCUUUUUGUUACUUUGGCCUGUCAAGCUUGCUGUUCAGAUAACAGUUGCAGAUAAACCACUCAAGAUUUGUUGUAAUUUUUGAAACAGUAGAUCCUUUAUUUCGGACAGAUGUAGACAAAAGCAGCUUCUCAUUUUCUUAUCUGAAAUGACAACUGCUGCUGACCAAUCCAGUCACACGGCAAUUCGUGAAAUAGCCACAGAAUUUAACCUAUUGAUAUGUGUUGGAAGUAGGUUUUGUGCCUGCAGCACUUUUUUUUUCUGUCAGUCAGGACUCAGGAGCACA